AGGCCCAAGGAUCUGGGUUUUGUCCAGGGGUCUCCAGGUUUAAAGCUCCCUGCAGCCGCUUCAGCUCAGUUUCCCUGUGACUCGGCUGGGCACGACUUCUUUCUCUGCCCCAAAAACAUAAAGCUUUACUCUUCAGAACUCUUUUGGCUGUGUGAGAAACUCAGCCUGUCCUUCAGCAAAAAUGGAAGCUAUCAAGAAAAAGAUGCAGAUGUUGAAGCUGGACAAGGAGAAUGCAAUUGAUAGAGCAGAGCAGGCUGAAACGGAUAAGAAGGCAGCUGAGGACAAAUGCAAGCAGGUCGAAGACGAGCUGGUAGCUCUGCAGAAAAAAUUGAAAGGAACCGAAGAUGAGCUGGAUAAAUACUCCGAGGCUCUGAAAGAUGCCCAGGAAAAGCUGGAGCAGGCUGAAAAGAAGGCCACGGAUGCGGAAGGCGAGGUGGCGGCGCUCAACAGACGCAUCCAGCUGGUGGAAGAGGAGCUGGACCGGGCCCAGGAGCGCCUGGCCACAGCCCUGCAGAAACUGGAGGAGGCCGAAAAAGCGGCGGAUGAGAGCGAGAGAGGAAUGAAAGUUAUUGAGAACAGAGCAAUGAAAGAUGAAGAAAAAAUGGAAAUUCAGGAAAUGCAGCUGAAGGAGGCCAAGCAUAUUGCUGAGGAGGCCGACCGCAAAUAUGAAGAGGUUGCCCGCAAGCUGGUGAUUCUGGAGGGGGAGUUGGAAAGAGCUGAAGAGCGCGCAGAGGUGUCUGAAGUUAAAUGUAGUGACCUUGAAGAGGAGUUGAAGAAUGUUACAAACAACCUGAAGUCUUUGGAAGCUCAAUCUGAAAAGUACUCGGAAAAGGAAGAUAAGUAUGAAGAGGAAAUCAAGAUUCUCUCUGACAAGCUCAAAGAGGCUGAAACUCGUGCCGAGUUUGCUGAGAGAACAGUUGCCAAACUGGAGAAGUCCAUUGAUGAUCUGGAAGCUUUGGGGCUUUCUUUCCUUAUAACCCGCUGAAAAUACAGCAGUGAUGACGCUACAAACUCGCUCAAGCAAAGGAGGAGAACCUGGGGCUGCACCAGACGCUGGACCAGACGUUAAACGAACUGAACUGUAUAUGAAGCCGAGCGGAACCCCGCGGCCCGAACGCGCCGCCCGCCCUCAGCGCGUCCCCGCCGCCCCCAGCGCUCCGACACACCGGAGCCCAGCGCGGUUCCGCGGGGCGCCGCGCGCAUUAAACGCUUUUCUCGCA